CUUCUUUUCAUCUGCAGCGAACAAUAGCAAGGGAGAGCUUGGCUGUCCGUCCUGCUCUGGAAGACGUUCGCAGAGCGCACAGGACAAUCCCCUGCGGAGAGCGCUGGGAUCCGGACCCUGGAGCGGCUGCGGGCGGCAUGGGGCUGCGAGCGAGGCGCGCGGCGGCCGGGGGCCGGGCCGUCCUGCAGCUGCUGCCGCCGCCGCUGCUCCUGCUGCUGCUGCUGCGCCCCGGCGCCUGCGGGGCUGCGGCGCAGGGCGAGGCGGAGGCGCCCACCCUCUACCUCUGGAAGACUGGUCCCUGGGGCCGGUGCAUGGGAGACGAGUGUGGGCCAGGAGGCAUCCAGACCAGGGCGGUGUGGUGCGCGCACGUGGAAGGGUGGACGACCCUGCACACGAACUGCAAGCAGGCCGAGCGACCCAGCAACCAGCAGAACUGCUUCAAGGUUUGCGACUGGCACAAAGACUUGUACGACUGGAGGCUGGGGCCCUGGAACCAGUGUCAGCCGGUGAUCUCCAGGAGCCUGGAGAAGCCUCGUGAGUGCGUGAAGGGCGAAGAGGGCAUUCAGGUGCGGGAGAUCACGUGCCUGCAGAAAGACAAAGACUCGCCUGCGGACGAGACCAUCUGUGAGUACUUUGAGCCCAAGCCGCUCCUGGAACAGGCUUGCCUCAUUCCGUGCCAGCAAGACUGCAUCGUGUCCGAGUUCUCCGCCUGGUCCGAGUGCUCCAAGACCUGCGGCAGCGGCCUGCAGCACCGCACGCGGCACGUCGUGGCGCCCCCGCAGUUCGGGGGCUCCGGCUGCCCGAACCUGACCGAGUUCCAGGUGUGCCGAUCCAGCGCCUGUGACGCCGACGAGAGCACCUACAGCCUGCACGUGGGGCCCUGGAGCGCGUGCUCCACGCCCCACUCUCGACAAGCCAGACAGGCCCGGAGACGCGCCAAGAACAAAGAACGGGAGAAGGACCGGGGCAAAGGCGUGAAGGAUCCAGAGGCCCGGGAGCUGAUUAAGAAAAAGAGAAAUCGGAACAGACAGAACAGACAAGAGAACAGAUACUGGGACAUUCAGAUUGGAUAUCAGACCCGCGAGGUCACGUGUACCAACAAAACGGGGAAAGCUGCUGAUAUGAGCUUUUGCCAGCAAGGGAAGCUGCCAGUGACCUUCCAGUCUUGUGUGAUCACCAAAGAGUGCCAGGUGUCUGAGUGGCUGCAAUGGACUCCGUGCUCAAAAACGUGCCAUGAUGCGGCAUCCCCUGCAGGCACUCGCGUCAGAACGCGGACCGUCAGGCAGUUUCCCAUUGCCAGUGAAAAACAAUGUCCCGAGCUUGAGGAGCGGGAACCCUGUGUGUCUCAAGGCGAUGGAGUGGCCCCUUGUGCCAUGUAUGGCUGGAGAACCACAGAGUGGACUGAGUGCCGUGUGGACCCUUUGCUCAGCCAGCAGGAUAAGAGGCGUGGCAACCAGACGGCCCUCUGCGGGGGAGGCAUUCAGACCAGAGAGGCCUACUGCGUUCAGACCAAUGACAACCUCCUGUCGCACUUAAGUGGCCACAAGGACAGAGCAGCCUCAAAACCAGUGGACUUGAAAUUAUGCACUGGCCCUGUCCCCAAUACUACACAGCUGUGCCACAUUCCUUGUCCAGUUGAAUGUGAGGUUUCGCCUUGGUCAGCUUGGGGACCUUGUACUUAUGAAAACUGUAAUGACCAACAAGGCAAAAAAGGCUUCAAACUGAGGAAGCGACGCAUAACUAAUGAGCCCACUGGAGGCUCUGGGGGGACUGGAAACUGUCCUCAUCUACUAGAAGCUAUCCCCUGUGAGGAGCCAGCCUGCUAUGACUGGAAGGCAGUGAGGCUCGGAGACUGUGAACCAGACAACGGAAGAGAGUGUGGCCCGGGAACUCAGGUUCAAGAAGUUGUGUGCAUCAACAGUGACGGAGAAGAAGUGGACAGACAGUUGUGCAGAGACGCAAUCUUCCCCAUCCCUGUGGCCUGCGAUGCCCCAUGCCCAAAGGACUGUGUGCUCAGCACCUGGUCUCCGUGGUCCUCCUGCUCACACACCUGCUCAGGGAAAACCACAGAAGGGAAACAGAUACGAGCGCGGUCCAUUCUCGCCUACGAGGGUGAAGAAGGUGGAAUUCGCUGUCCAAACACCAGUGCUCUUCAAGAGAUACGCAGCUGUAACGAGCAUCCUUGUACCGUGUACCACUGGCAGACUGGUCCCUGGGGCCAGUGCAUCGAGGACACCUCCGUAUCGUCCUUCAACACCAGUGCAACUUGGAAUGGGGAGGCCUCUUGCUCCGUCGGCAUGCAGACAAGAAAAGUCAUCUGUGUGCGAGUCAACGUGGGCCAAGUGGGACCCAAAAAGUGCCCUGAAAGCCUUCGACCAGAGACGGUGAGGCCAUGUCUGCUUCCGUGUAGGAAGGACUGUGUUGUGACUGCGUUCAGUGACUGGACCUCGUGCCCCUCCUCAUGUGCGGAAGGGGACGCUGGAGGCAGGAAGCAGUCGAGGCAUCGGGUCAUCAUCCAGCUGCCAGCCAACGGAGGCCGGGACUGCACGGAUCCCCUCUAUGAAGAGAAAGUGUGCGAGGCCCCUCCAGUGUGUCAGAGCUACAGGUGGAAGACGCACAAAUGGCGCAGGUGCCAAUUAGUCCCUUGGAGCGUGCAGCAGGACAGCCCUGGAGCACAAGAAGGCUGUGGGCCUGGACGGCAGGCGAGAGCCAUUACUUGUCGAAAGCAAGAUGGGGGGCAGGCUGGCAUCCCCGAAUGUCUCCAGUAUGCAGGCCCUGUGCCAGCCCUCACCCAAGCCUGCCAGAUCCCCUGCCAAGACGACUGUCAGUUUACCAGCUGGUCCAAGUUUUCCUCAUGCAAUGGAGACUGUGGGGCAGUGAGGACCAGAAAGCGCACUAUUGUUGGAAAAAGUAAAAAGAAAGAAAAAUGUAAAAAUUCCCACUUGUACCCCUUGAUUGAGACUCAGUAUUGUCCUUGUGACAAAUACAAUGCACAGCCUGUGGGGAACUGGUCAGACUGUAUCUUACCAGAGGGGAAAGUGGAAGUGCUACUGGGAAUGAAAGUACAAGGAGACAUCAAAGAAUGUGGCCAAGGAUAUCGUUACCAAGCAAUGGCAUGCUACGAUCAAAAUGGGCGGCUUGUGGAAACAUCCAGAUGCAACAGCCAUGGUUACAUUGAAGAGGCUUGCAUCAUCCCCUGCCCAUCAGACUGCAAGCUCAGCGAGUGGUCCAACUGGUCGAGAUGCAGUAAGUCCUGUGGGAGCGGCGUGAAGGUCCGGUCUAAGUGGCUGCGUGAAAAACCCUACAAUGGAGGAAGGCCUUGCCCCAAACUGGACCAUGUCAACCAGGCACAGGUCUAUGAGGUUGUCCCGUGCCACAGUGACUGCAGCCAGUACAUAUGGGUCACGGAGCCCUGGAGCGUCUGCAAGGUGACAUUUGUGAAUAUGAGGGAGAACUGUGGAGAGGGAGUGCAAACCAGAAAAGUAAGGUGCAUGCAGAAUACAGCAGACGGCCCUUCUGAACAUGUGGAGGAUUACCUCUGUGACCCAGAGGAGAUGCCCCUGGGCUCCAGAGAGUGCAAAUUGCCGUGUCCCGAGGACUGCGUGAUGUCUGAAUGGGGUCCGUGGACCCGAUGUGUUUUGCCUUGCAGUCAAAGCAGUUUCCGGCAAAGGUCAGCUGAUCCCAUCAGACAACCUGCUGAUGAGGGAAGAUCCUGCCCUGAUGCUGUUGAGAAGGAACCUUGCAGCCUGAACAAAAACUGCUACCACUAUGAUUAUAACGUAACAGACUGGAGUACCUGUCAGCUGAGUGAGAAGGCAGUUUGUGGGAACGGCAUUAAAACAAGGAUGCUGGAUUGCGUUCGAAGCGAUGGCAAGUCAGUGGACCUGAAGUACUGUGGAGAGCUUGGCCUGGAGAAGAACUGGCAGAUGAACACCUCCUGCGUGGUGGAGUGCCCCGUGAACUGUCAGCUGUCUGACUGGUCGCCGUGGUCGACGUGUUCUCAAACAUGUGGCCUCACAGGAAAAAUGAUGCGGAGGCGAACGGUGAUGCAGCCCUUUCAGGGGGAUGGGAGACCAUGCCCUUCCCUCUUGGACCAGUCCAAGCCUUGCCCAGUGAAGCCCUGUUACCGGUGGCAGUAUGGCCCGUGGUCUCCGUGCCAAGUGCAGGAGGCCCAGUGUGGAGAAGGGACGAGAACAAGAAACAUUUCUUGUGUAGUGAGUGACGGGACAGCUGACGAUUUCAGCAAAGCAGUGGAUGAGGAAUUCUGUGCUGACGUUGAACCCAUUAUAGAUGGCAGUAAAAAAAUGGUUCUGGAGGAAAGCUGUACCCAGCCUUGCCCAGGUGACUGUUACUUGAAGGAGUGGUCUUCAUGGAGCCUGUGUCAACUGACCUGUGUGAACGGCGAGGAUCUAGGCUUUGGCGGGAUACAAGUUCGAUCUAGAGCGGUGAUUAUACAAGAACUAGAGAACCAACAUCUGUGCCCAGAGCAGAUGUUAGAAACAAAAUCUUGUGAUGAUGGGCAGUGUUAUGAGUAUAAAUGGAUGGCCAGUGCUUGGAAGGGCUCUUCCCGAACAGUCUGGUGUCAAAGAUCAGAUGGUGUAAAUGUCACAGGGGGCUGCUUGGUGGUGAGCCAGCCUGAUGCUGACAGGUCUUGUAACCCACCGUGUAGUCUACCCCACUCGUACUGUAGCGAGACAAAAGCGUGCCAUUGUGAAGAGGGCUACACUGAAGUCAUGUCUUCGAACAGCACACUGGAGCAGUGCACACUCAUCCCCGUGGUGGCCAUACCCACCGUGGAGGACAAACGGGGCGAUGUGAAAACCAGUCGAGCCGUCCACCCCACACAACCCUCCAGUCGCCCGGCAGGACGGGGAAGGACCUGGUUUCUGCAGCCCUUUGGGCCAGAUGGGAGACUAAAGACCUGGGUUUACGGUGUAGCAGCUGGGGCGUUUGUAUUGCUCAUCUUUAUUGUCUCCAUGAUUUAUCUAGCUUGUAAAAAGCCAAAGAAACCUCAAAGAAGGCAAAACAACCGAUUGAAACCAUUAACCUUAGCCUAUGAUGGAGAUGCAGACAUGUAACAUACAACUUUUCCUGCCUACCGCCAGUUUUGUGUUUCUCACUGUGAAGUAGAACUCCAGAGACCACAAUGAAAGUGUCCAAAUUGUGUGCAUUGAGAUACCUUUUAACUUUUCAAAAGAGCAUCAAGAUUCAAGCUCACACUGCCACUAGGGAUAUUCAAGAUAGCAGCACUUACACGUAAACCAUCAACUCUAGGAAUUCUGGGAGAUUUAGUUGAAUACAUGCUGCAUUCUGAGGGUAUGAUGUCAUCUUCUCUAAAAUCUACCAUAUGAAGACCAACUUUCAUCUCUGAAGCAUAGUGGUGGAAUUGGCCAGUUAGGAUCCCUGGUGCAAGACUGCCUGCAAUGUUAACCCAUAGAACUUUCUAGCAUGAAGAGUUUAUAUCAAGAGCUCUGCAAUAAUUUAACCAAGUAUAACACAUAUACUCAGCUGAAUGAUAUACAUUAUGUCAGAUUAUGUACUUGUUAAUAAGCAACUUUAACAGUGAAUAAGACAGACCUAAACUCAGCAGAAAACUUGUGGAAUGAAUUCAACAUCUUGGUGGUUGAUGGUAACUUGUAUUGACCUUCGUUUAGGAGACCAAGACUCUUUUGUAAGACCUCAUUCUUGUCUCUCUCCAAAGUACGAAUGUUGGACAUGUUCUAGUAUGUUAGAAGAAAGAGUCCUCAAGUUCAGUAUUUUAUAGUGGUUAUCGUCUGGAAAAUUGAUUGCGGCUUGUGUUAAUACAUUUAUACUUUCUCUAGUUUUCAAACUGGUUGCCUGCAUCUUUUUGCUAUAUGAAAGGCACAUUUUUGCACUAUAUUAGUGCAGCAUGAUAUGCACUUAACCAGUAUUGCCAUACAAACUGCCUCUUUUCAUCGGGAUGAAGACAUCUGCAGGUAUCCUGACGAGGGCAAGAGUCAGACUGGAUGGCCACAGAAUGUCAUCAGCUCUUACACCUGCUGUCUACUCUCUUCCUUAUCUUUGCAGCCAUUGGGACAUUAUAGCAUGGCGAUGAUUUAAGUGUUGAAGUCCUUGACCCAUUAGCUGUCCUAAAGGUGGAUUCCUCUACUUGGUUUGUAAUUGAUCUUUGAAGGCUGUUUAUGGCUAGAUUUUUAUAUUUGUUAUCUUUGUUAAAAAAAAAGAAAAAAGAAAAAAGGGAACUGGUUGUGUUUUUAAUUGCAAGCAGAUGCAGAAAAUAAUGUUACAGUGGUUUUGUAAUGAAAAGAAAUCACAGUUAUGUGUCAAUUUCUCACUGACAUGCUUUCCCAGUUUCAUAUUGAAUGUCUGCCUUACAGGCAGUACCUCAAAAUUCAUGGUCUUAUGUCUUUCUUACUGGUAAAAUGUGAACCAGUCUUUUCAAUGUAUGGUUUCCAAAGCUAAAGUCUUUAGAAAGACUAUCUUGUCCAAGGCUUCAUUAAAUAUCUAGAUCAAGGAUGGUAAACUUUUCCAGUGGACCAGAUAGUAAAUACUUUCAGCCAGGUGUGUGUUGCAGUCAUAGACAAUGCAAAUAGGUUAAAGAACAAACAUGUCUGUUUCUUCAAAGUUCUACUGGGAAACAGCCAUCAGACUGCAAUUGUGGUCUUAGUGCACAGACCCUGGUGCUGAUGGUUUUCAUGGAUCACUCGUCACUGUGUCACCUUUACUUUUCAUUGGCUUGUGCUUAGCACUUAAUUUCAAAGGUGAAACUUCACUCAUCAAGUAUACCACUCUGUUGGAAGUAGCUGUAUUUUUCACAGAUUCAGCCCUGGGAAUGGCACAGUGAAAAAUUUCUAACCUAACAGACUUCUUUAGUAUGAAAAGAAAAUUCAAAUGGUGCCAUUAAAAGGCAGUACCAUCUUUCAGACAACAUGGGAGAGGGAAGGACAUUAGGUUUCAGGUCUUAAAACAAGCUAUUAAAUCUUACACAUAGUAUGCUGCUGUAAAAGUCAUUUGAAUUGUGAAGUAUUUUACUUUCAUACUAGAGUUUCAACUCCCCCUGCUGUUCAUUUAGAAUAUUUGCAAAGAUGAUCAGAACGUCAGAUAAGGAUGUCAUUGCCCCCCUCAUCCCCCUGCAAAAAAUUACUCAGUUCAAUUCUGUUGAAAUAAGCAUAAAGCACUAAUUCCCUAUUCAGUAGUCACUAUGUUAGACAAUUUAAAUCUCUUCAAAGACAACAGGUAGUUCGGAAUAUGAGAAUUUUACUUUAAACCAAGGAUUUCAACAAGGAAAUACAAAUUCAUCUCAUCUGUUAUUGUUGAGGAAGACAAAAAUAAUGUUAAAAUCAAAAGUUAAAAAUUUUAAAAUCUAAAAUCAAUUGUCAAUGCAUAUAUAUAGUCAGAGUUGUGGCCUUUUUUAAAACGUUCAGCUGACACUCAUGAAAUAUGUGCCACACCUAAUGAUUUUGAAAUAGGGAAAAUAAUAUUGUUCCAAAUAAAGCUACCCUUAGAUUAUUGUAAAAACAACAUUCAUUCUGGAUACCACUUUAUCCCACCUAUAUUAUAAGAAUUAAGAGAAAAUUAUGAAAUGUUAUACAAGAUAUUUCUAUUCAUAAUUUGAUUACAUUUUACAGCACCAUAUACAUGGAAGGAACUAAGGUUAAUAUGACCUAACACCAGGGAACAUAUUGGAAGUUCAUUCUGAUUGGAAAGAUAAUAUGAGGGUAAUGUAGCUGUUCAGCUACUGUGGACAAAUGGGAGGUUACUGUAAUCACGUUUAUAACUUCAAACUGUCCUGUUAGUUCCUGGCAUCAGUUAGUGAGUUCAAUAUUUCAUUGGAAUUUCAUCAAAAUGUUAUUUGUAUUUAUUCUAAGAAUUCACAAGAGGAAUAAAGUAAUAACUCUCCUAGUGACACUUUGCCUUAUCAAAUGGUCUGAGUCCUAAAAGAUUUACAAUUACUCAAAGUAUGAAGGUCUGUUUGAUUUUAUAAAAAAUUGAUGCAGUAUUAUGAUUUUGUUCAUCUCCGUAGCAACUGUACAAGUGGCAUAACUGAUCUCUUAAAGGGGCUGGUUUGCUUUUUCAUCAAUACCUGUUCCAACGUGUUCACCAUAAUCCUUAUUUAAAAGCCUUUUUGAGGACAUUACAGUGAUCUACAGGAAUUGAAAAGGAGUGCAUUAAAGCAUGUUUUUAAUCCUUUAUAAGAAGCACAAAUUACUUAUAACAAGACAAAUAUUUAUUGAAUUAUUACAGGUAAGACACUCUGCUAGGCACUGUAAAAAUAUUAGCAAUGGCUUUUUUAUACACAAGAACUUAAGACAUUCUGAAGAAGGAUAAAAGUUCUUAAGAUAGUGCUUGAACACACUGCCUUUUACUCUAAAUUUACUUUUAAAGGUGGUUAGUAUUUUUCCAUAUUUAGUGUACGUAUCUUGGGCUGUGUGGUUAGGGAUUUUAUUUUUCCUAUUCUACCCUGAAGGCAGGUGGCAAUGAUCACUAUGUCUUAAUCAGAUCUGUUAGGUUCCUGGACAUUUCAAGAUGAAGUCACUUCUCAUAGAAAGCAAGUAGCCCCUCAUACACUGAUUUACCUCUUCCUACUCCCUGAAUCCUUGCUCCUGUAUGAGGAUUUCUGCACCUAGUCUCUCCCCCACUCUGGUCUCCUGUUAACCAAUGAUUUUGUCUCCUUCCUUCAAAAAUACCCUUCAUUAAAUAUAUCAAAUUUUUAUAAGAAAAAUGAGAACACCUAUAAUAGUUCCUAUCGGAAUCAAAGUGUCACAGCGUGAGCAUGUUUUAAACAUCAUGCACAGGUAAAAGAAAUGAAUAACAGCAAAACAAUGUAGAAGGCAUGCCAAAGACAAAAAGACCAUUUCUGUAUAAAUGACAAUUCCAGCACUUGCUAUAGCUCUGCUCGGUAUCCUGCUACUGCUACGGCAGCUUGAGUCUGUUCACCCUGCAAGACUAAGGGGGGAGCCAGCCCCUCUCGAUGCUUUCAGAAAGGAAGCCUAUGCUUACAAGCAUUUGGAGGUAAGGUUUCCCAAGAAUCACGCUUCUCAAAUGACAGAGAUCUCCCUGGUGGUUAAGUUUCACCAAAUUCAAGUGGGUCGUUUCUUGAUCUAUUUCUCCUCCGAGAUUGAGACUAUUGAAAGGACAGCAGUCCAGGAACCAUUCUGUGGGGAUCUCAUCAGAGCGUGAUCUUUCCCAGUUCUGGUCUGGCUCUGAGCACUGCCCAUCAGCCUGCUCAGGUAAUCCAGGCCCACCUGCUCCCAUCCACAGUCGGUCCUGGCUGCGGGUCAGAACUUUACGCAUCCAAAACUGGAGUGUGGACCAAAGCAUCCCUCAUAAAAGGGAUGUGUUGCAGAGAUAUGUGACAAUUUUAUACCUAACAGGGACACUGAAAAAUGGUUAUAUCUACAUUAAAUAAGUUUUAAGAUCUUAAAUAGAAUUUUGCAAAUUUUUUUCAUGCUUCUACCAAGCUAUGUCUUAAAACAGGCAGCGUAAGAUAGGUUGUAGGAGUCAGGUUUUCAGUGAUCAGAGAACUCCAGUCAGUUUUAUUGUUAUGUUCUGCAGUUUUAGGUAAUAGUUUUAAAAAGACUAUCUACUUUUAACCCUUAAUUAUUUUGCCCAGCUAUAUUUCAGAAAUCUGUGUUUAUUUCUAGAAAACAUUUCAAUUCCCUUUCUGGUACUUUUUCCUGUCCAUUUCUAUCACAGACAUUUGAAGAGAUCAGUAUCUGUUGUAAAAUAUAACGUUAUUAUAUUUGCAAUCUUUCUAUAAAUUAUGAUCCACUAAAUGUGUAUUUUUUGUUAUCUAUAUAUUUAUUUUGUUUAAAUAGGGAGGCAACUGUAAGAAUUUUUUGUUCCUUUGUAAAUUAUGUAAUGUAAUUUAUUUUAAAUUAUGUACAUUUCUUUUUUAAUGCACAAAAUGUCUAUGUACAAUUAACUGCAGAUUUGCAAUUAAUGUCACUAAGCUUUAUUCAGUUAAGAUGGAUGGCAUGUGAGGAUGUAAUAUGCUUUUUUACAUUUUCAUAUGGGUUAUUUGUAAAUAACUUGAUGGCAAACACAAAUCAUUUUUAUUCUAAUUGUGUGUAUCUGUUUUGAUUUGCAUCAUUUGAUUCAUAAGUGUGGAUUAAAAAUUUCUUAGUGAAUA